AGAAACAAAUAACUUUCUUCCUUUCAAUUCUUUUAUGUUUUUUUUUCCCUCACAUUUUUUUGUUCUUUUGAUUUUCUUUCCUUAUUGCCGAACAAACAUGGGUUAGUGAAAGCAAUAGAUAAAUCCUGUCCUUUUUUUUUUCCUCGUAAUAGCAUUUGAUAAUCUGCAUAUGUUAUCCUCUAGGCGCUAGUCCACACUGUUAAGGUGGAACCCAACCAACCAACAAACAUCUCUGGGAAGUGAGGACACCCGCAUCAGAAAGCCCACCGUUUUGACUUCCUAUAUGCUUCACACUGGUUAGUUCAUGUCGGCACCAUAAAGAUAAAAUAAUCAAACUUAAUAUAAGCCUGCAAAGGAGCUGAGAUGAAUACCUUGGCCGUCAAACCCUCUUCCUUUGUAUUGCAAUCUUCAUCGACAGGCCUCUCAUCCUGUAAGCCUAAACAAUGUCUUCCUUCAGUUCUCUUCCCAAGAAAGAUUAAAAGCAGGAAAAGGCUGGGUUUGAGGAUUGAAGCAUACGAUUCUUCCAAAAGCGAUGACUUUUCCAAGUCCAACGGUGAUUCCAAGCCUCCUAAUGGCACUCUGAAAAAUCAGCAGCCUAAAACCAGGAGAGAUAUUCUAUUGGAGUAUGUCAAAAAUGUGCAGCCGGAAUUCAUGGAGUUGUUCGUGAAACGGGCGCCGCAACAGGUUGUUGAGGCAAUGCGGCAAACGGUGACAAAUAUGAUUGGAACACUGCCCCCGCAAUUUUUUACGGUGACAGUCACCACCGUAGCUGAGAAUCUUGCACAACUCAUGUACAGUGUUAUGAUGACUGGAUAUAUGUUUAGGAAUGCACAAUACCGAUUGGAAUUGCAACAAAGUUUAGAGCAGGCUGCUCUUCCUGAGGUGCAAGAGAAAAAGGAUGUUCUGGAUUAUGCACCUGGUACACAAAAGAAUGUGACUGGUGAAGUUAUUAGGUGGAAUAAUGUUUCUGGUCCAGAGAAAAUAGAUGCUAAAAGGUACAUUGAGUUACUUGAAGUGGAGAUUGAGGAACUGAAUCGUCAAGUUGGUAGAAAAUCUGCAAAUGGACAAAAUGAGCUAUUAGAAUAUCUCAAGUCUCUUGAGCCACAAAAUCUGAAGGAGUUGACAAGUAGUGCUGGAGAAGAUGUGGUGUUUGCAAUGAACACAUUCCUUAAGCGUCUUUUAGUUGUUUCAGAUCCUGAACAAAUGAAGGCACGUGUAACUGAGACUAGUGCACCAGAACUUGCCAAGCUUCUCUAUUGGCUGAUGGUGGUUGGAUACAGCAUUAGGAACAUUGAAGUCCGUUUUGAUAUGGAAAGAGUACUUGGCACUCCUCCAAAGCUUGCGGAGUUGCCUUCUGGAGAAAAUAUUUAGGUGCUGGCAGAUGAUUGCAAAUAUAUGCAGUAGCCAAAUUGGAGCACAUUAAAAUGCUAUAUUGUGUCGAGAAGCUGAGGAGGGUUAUCCAGGGUGAUUAACUGCUGGAGAAAACAUGGAAAUUUUGUGCAUGCCUAGCAUGGUUGGCUUCUUAUAUUAGCUUAAAACUUAUUGAUGAAACAAGCUUCUCAAAAGGAAUUCUAACUUUUAAAUACAGCAAAGUUGAGGUUUUCAUAGAACACAUACACUGAUCAACAGUUUUAUUGCGGAUCUGCUACAAUAAGUUAAAAUAUCAAAUUCCUUAUUGACUUCUUUAUCUGGUUGUCAAUCACUAAGGUUUCUGUCUGUCAUUCUUUUUUUCUUUUCUACAGCUACCAUUGGAGACAUUAGUUAACACCCUUGAAUGGCUUGUACGAUUUGCCAUAAGUCAUUGUUAUCCAUUACCUUGCAGAGUUUACUGCUGCCUUCACUGACUGCAAGUAAUUGGGGGCAGAGAGGCCUUGUAGUCUGCCCCAAAAACAAGGUUGCGGGGUGUGAAGAAUCUUGCUUAGCAUCUUCUAUACUCGAGCUCGAUCAAGCAAUUGAAAGCCG